GCGGUGUUGGGGGGAGCGAUGGCGGCCGCGCUGGGUCCGCCGUCAGUGCCGGGCUCGGCCGCCGUGACCGAGCUGUGCCAGAAUGGCCGCGAGAUCUUCCUGGAGGCGUCGCGCUUGCUCCUCACCUACGCCGACAACAUCCUCCGGAAUCCAUAUGAAGAAAAAUAUAGAUUAAUUCGGAUUGGAAAUCCAGCAUUUUCCACAAGGCUGUUGCCUGUCAGAGGAGCAGUUGAAUGUUUAUUUGAAAUGGGGUUUCAGGAGGGAGAAACUCACCUGGUUUUCCCUAAGGAAGCUUCGAUUGAGCAACUACGUAAAAUCAGAGACUUAAUUGCUGGAGAGAGAAGCAGCAGGCUGAAUGAGUCAAACCAAAUCCCCAAAUCAGGAUCCACUGAAACUGUCAGCAGCACUCAGACAGCUGCACAACAGCCUUCAAGAUCUACUGAUUUUGCUCUUGCCCCUGCCCGUCAGCGACCAGAAACAUCACUUGUGCAAUCUCUUGAAAUGGCUGCAAAUAUCUUGAAAACACUUCAAACAAAAUUUGAGGAUCUUGUGUUGAUGUAUGAGAAUCCUUCUAUUCAGCAAAAAGCACUAGCUGCGAUUCCCCUCCAGGAAUUAAAGAGCAAGGCUCAGAAAAAGCUAUCACAAGCUACAAAACUGGACAAAGGUGCACAUGUGAACGAAGAUGACUUCCUAUUGUUGGAGCUUUUGGACUGGUUUAAGACUGACUUUUUUCAUUGGGUAAAUAGUCUUCCCUGCAGCAGGUGUGGUGGGCAGACAGAGCCUAAAAGUGACUACCUGUUGCCUACUGAGGAUGAUGUAAGGUGGAAUGCCAGUCGAGUGGAAAACCACUACUGCAACCAGUGUCAGUUCUCUAAUAGAUUCCCAAGGUACAACAACCCUGAAAAACUUCUGGAAACGAGACGUGGACGCUGUGGCGAGUGGGCAAACUGUUUUACACUGUGUUGCAGAGCUGUAGGGUUUGAAGCGAGAUAUGUCUGGGACUAUACAGAUCAUGUGUGGACUGAGGUGUAUUCUUCAUCUCAGAAAAGAUGGCUUCACUGUGAUCCCUGUGAAAAUGUCUGUGAUAAACCUCUUCUCUAUGAAACUGGGUGGGGAAAGAAGCUCUCCUACAUUAUUGCAUUCUCAAAAGAUGAGGUUGUUGAUGUCACCUGGAGAUACAGCUGUAAACAUAAAGAAGUACUCUCUAGAAGGACAGUACUCAGCGAAACAACGCUACGUGAGACAAUUAAUGCACUAAAUACAAUGAGACAAAAGUCUUUGUCAGAAAGUAGAAAAAGAGAGCUCUUGGAAAGGACUAUUGUGGAACUUGUUGAAUUUAUUUCUCCUAAAACACCUAAACCUGGAGAAUAUGGUGGAAGGACAUCAGGCUCGAUGGCUUGGCGAAUGGCCAGAGGUGAAAUUGGCCCAGAGAAAAAAAAAGAAGUACUUUUUAUUCCCUCUGAAAAGGAGAAGAAAUCUAAACUCUUCCACCUCACCUACAGUAUAGUAGAUGACAGUUAUACACGGAUUUCCAAUAAUAAUGAAAAAAUAAGUGGCUGGGAAGCAGGUGUUUGGAAGGCAGAAUCUGUUUGGAGAAAGGUUGAAACAGAUUGGAAAAUGGUUUAUUUAGCCCGAAAAGAAGGGUCAUCCUCUGCUUCCAUCAGCUGGAAGUUUGAGUGCAAGUCAGUCGGUCUAAAAAUAGAUAACAUUUCAGUUAGGACAAGCAGUCAGACUUUUCAGAGUGGAAGAAUACAGUGGAGACUUUGCUCUCCAAAAGUAGAAAUUUCUCUGAUGGGAGAUAAAAAUCUUUGCUCCUAUUCAGAUUUUUCUGGUGCAACAGAAGUUAUGUUGGAAGCAGUUCUAAAGGGAGGGGAUGGUGAAGCUGCAUGGCAACACACACAGCUGUUUAGAGAGAGCUUAACAGGAUGCGGAGAAAAUUGCUUGGAGAUAAUUAUAAAACUCAGUGACCUCUGAGAAUCUGAACUGCAGAGAUGUACUUUGGAUUCCUUGAAGACAUUAUACUAUGGAAGAUUUGGUUGACAAUUCUUCAUCCUGCUGGCAGCGUAUUUCCUGUUUCACUGCUUCCAUUAAACCAGCUUGAAACUGCACAUGUAUUCAAUAGGUAAACAUCGCUAUGAAAACCUCUUUGUCUGUAAAAACAAACACCAAAAUUAAGGCAUUGAACCAUAAAGUACCCUUUUCUUAAACUUUGCAAUGAGAAAAAAAUAAUUUUUAGGAAGCAAAACUUGACUGUAGGAGCACCAAACAGCUGUACCUGAUUUUAAUUUGGAGUUUUGUGAUUGGCUUGCUGUUUUUUGGGGUUUUUUUAAUCAUUUACUUGGAAAAACAGUUUGAAUUCCCAAUUACAGCAGAUGCUUGUGAUGAUCUUAAAAUAUUUUAAAGAAUAAUAGAAAAUUUAGACAUUUUAAAGAAAAAUAUGAUUUUAUAUAAUAUCAGAAGUGCUGAAAUUAAGUUAGUUUCAAGAUUACUUCAAAAUUUUCUUGUUACAAUUUAAGUAUAAUAACAGUGUUUAAUACGUGGAAAUAUUUGGAAACCUGAAGGUUGCUGGAAACUAAUUUUGAAAGAAGUGGUCAUAUGUACCUAAAAUUGUCAUGGCCUGUGGUAUGAAAUUGAGACUUAAAACUGAGUAAGAACAUCACAGGUUUUUUUCUAUGAAAAAAUAGGUUAUUAAUUAUAAAUACUUUUUUAAUGAUAUAAAUUCAGAUUUGCUUAAUAAAUCUUUUAAAAAGUAGUCAGGUAGGUUGAAAUCUUCUUAAGCUAUUGUCUUGAGUUGCUUUGAAUGCCAUUCCCAAAUUUGAUGUAAAAAUAUAUACAAAUUUUCUGUUCAUUAAUGCAGUGUUUAAAUUUAUUUUCGAUCAUAUAAUAAAAAAUGAAAAAAUGCCAUCCAGGAGAUGUCAGAUGUUGCAGUGAUGUGAAUAAAGCAUGGAGUGAAUGUUCAGAUUAGAUAGUCUUUGUCAGAGAAUCUGAGGAAGGCUAUGCCUCGAUACAAAAAUAUAGGACUAAAAUGCAAAGUUCAAACUAUAGUUUUAUUUCAAAAUAGGUGAGAAUUAGGGUUGAUGUUCUCAAGAUGAGUGUUUUUAAAGUUCUUCUUCUAUCUUCUGACCUUUCCGACCUCUGUAUAUUUGAAAUGAUUGUCAGAAAUAAUUUACGUUGAAAUAAAUGCUUACUGACCUUUCAACAAAUCUAAGCAAAUACAAAACUAUUCAGAUUUUAUUAGGAAACUGCAAAUGCACAGUGAACGCAGGCGUCAAAAUGAUCACACAGGCAUCUUAAAAAGUAGUAGAUUAUGGCAGUUUAAGAGUGACAGAAUGAUAUAUGAUGGAUUAUAUACUUCUGAAUGUAAAUUGACAGUUUAUGAGGGGGAUUAGAAAGGGAGGGUCUCACUCUCGGCGCAGAACAACACAGUGACAGGGUACUGUGUGGAAGGGUGUUCAUCAAUACAUAACUAAUGCAAGGUGCAUUUGCCAGUCUCCAUUCAAAACUGCUCCUGUAUUUGGUUUCAGCUAAAUGAUUUUUCUGAGAUUUUGGUGGGAACCAACAAAAAAGUAUUUUAGAUUAAAAUGUAUACUAUCUUGAAAGAAAAAAAAGGAAAAAGAAGACUCAAAUGAAACCAAUCAACAAAAAUGUUUCCACUUCAUAUUUUGAUAGCUGAAAAAGUUACUGCUGUAAGACAGAAAUUUUGGUUUUGCAUUAUAUUACUUAAAAGGACCUUGAGCACUUGCAGAAUUCCUUAACUGUAUCUGAUAAUUUGAAAGCAGAAGGUAGAAUAAAUUUAAAAGUAGUAAGAUAAAGUAAUUUUCUCACAAUUUUGGUCAGAAUCUCUGGGGGAAGAGUAAGAGCUGCAGAUAACUUAAUAAAACAGGAGAGUAAUUUAAGUCCAUUAUUAAAAUGCAUGAAUGAAUUAAAAAGAUUGAAAGAUUGAAAAAUACCUUACCAAUCUAAUUAAUGAAAAAGUACUUCUGUAUUUGUAAGAUCACACGUAAUGAAUAGAAGAGCUUAUUUUAGGAAAAAAAAACACUCAGACUGAAUAGAGCUAAUAUGAAAAAUUUAAAUGUAACUCCUUCAGGUGUCUUUUGGAGUACCCUUUAAACAGUGAACACUUUGAAUCUCUUCCUGCAUAAGCUGUUAUAAAGACACUAAUUUUCUCUGCUGAUCCCCAUUUUAGUGCAAAUCUUAAUUUUUUUUUUUUUUUUUUUUUUUAAACUGGAGGUAAUUCCUCAUCCGUGCUUGCUUAAUCUAACUUACACUAUCCUGAAUUUGCAGUAUUACAUGGUGGAAAGAUCUGUACUGCGAUCUGCUCUAAAAGUAGGGGUAUUAAGUUAUGCUGGCAGUGAUAUGAUACUGGAUGAGUAGUAUAGGCUGAUCAGGGCACAUGUAGCCAAAAGUCAAUGCUUACUCAACUUCUUAGAAGUUUGAGGAGGUGGAGGUUAAAUGGGGUUAAAUUAAGAAACGUAUGACUUAAUACAGGUAAAAUCAGCAAUGUUUUCAAGAAUUCAGCUUAGUCUGGUACAUUUUAAGGAACACCUAGCUGUCCAGCAUGCCAUGGGUGCCUUCCAAAGUUGAGGUGUAAGAGUGAAAUCUUUUCAACCAAAAUUUACAUAAAUACUGUACUGCCCAGUUAAUUCUUGCGAACUAAUUUUGGAGUGCAUGGUUUCCGACAGAACUAUGUGGGAACCUGUGCACAGAAUUCCUCCUUUCAAACAGACGUUUGUAGGACUGUUUUCUGUCUAGAGUUGAUCGUACUGUUAAUUUCUUCAUAUCCUGUUUUGAUGCUGAGUGCUGUAUGCAAAAUAGCAACUACUAGAGGCAACCCACUACAUUAUUGGUAGUAAUUUCCUACACUGCUGGAAGUUGCUGAAAAGAUGUAUCUUUAAAACAUAUGAAGGAAGCCCCUUCUAGGCGGUGUGGAAAGAAAGCACAGGUGUUCAAGAAUCAAGCAAACUUCAGUGUAAAUUAUAUACUUGCUUGCAUGGAGAAGUAAGUAAUGAAAAUUAUCUUGUCUGGUCCUGUAUGAUAAUCUGUCACCUUUACUUGUCUGUUAUCCAUGAGAGAUUUUUCACAUCUAGUGGCCUACAUAUGAGAUAUUAUCCCUAUUAUGUGCAACAUCAGGAAAUGUAGAACACUAAAAAUAAAGUAUGUUUGUCUCCAUAGUGCAGUGGAAUGAAAACAGAUGGUAGGCAACACAUAUGGCUGCCAGAAGCUGGCAACACCCAUUUGCAGAGUUCUUGUAGCUCAAAACAAAACACGCCAAAACAAAGGAAUUCCAAGGGGUGUAGAGAUUGUUCCAGUCAGAUAUCAGGAUAUCUGUCCUCCAGGUGCACUCUACUCAUUUCUUUACCUUUAGUUGCUAAAGCUAGAAAUGGAAGUGUACUAGUUAAGAAUUUAAUGGACCUCCUUAGUAUUUGUCAACUUAUAAUUUUUUAAGUAUUGGUAUUAUUUAAAAUAAGUCUUUAAUUUUCACUGUAGGUUUAAACCUCUGGUUUUGGAUAAAGUUUAAAAUUUUGCCAAGUAAUUCAACAACAUAAAAAAAUUUGUCAAUAUCGAAGGAGCUUUUCUAUCACUGCUUCACAUCAUAUGGAGGGUUGAGAAGGAAAUUACAGACAGGUGACUUCCUUAAACAGUUGCUGGAAUAGACCUAGGUCCUUUCUAGAUUAUGAACAGGUUUUUUUGAGUUUAUUCAACUUUAUGCUAGUUUAUUCCACUGUUACUUUAUGGGGUGCUGUUUUUGCGAGCAGUGCCUUAUGCCUUGUAGCUUGUGGCCUCUCUAAGCAGUGAUCUAUGAUGCAACGCUUAUUACAGGUUAUUAUAGGAUUGUUGGUCUUGUAGUGUCAUCAACAGGAGCAGCAGGAAAGAGUAAUAGCACUAGUAUCUGGGACAAUUCUAUGUUCUUUAUGCUAAUCUUGAAUAUUUAACCCAAGCAGAAGGACAGUAGAGUAAAAAAAAAAAAAAAAAAAAAAAGUCUUCAGUAGGUUGAUACAGUUUCUUUUUCCCUAAAGUUAUGGAGCAGAAUUUUGAGACUGUGUUACGGCACUUAAAAAUGGUGAAGGAACAAGCCAAGGGUAAACAGCCUUAAAUAUUUGUAUUUUAGGUGUACAGAUACUGUGAAAUGUAUAAGGGUUUACAUGUCUGAAAAAGAGAACAGGGAUUUUUCCAUUGAUAAGAUUUUUAUUCUUAUCCUUGGUCUUUGUUUUUUUCAUGGUAAGCUUUAUAAUUAAGCUCUUAGCUUUGUUUAUAAUUAGCCUGCUUCAGUUUCUGCAGCUUUAUCUUUUUCUACACAUUUUCAUGUAAUGUAAAAUACAUUUUAAUCUGCUUUAUGUGGAGAAUUGUAGCUGUAUGAUAUGUACACUAUGACAAAAAUUAGGUUGAUUUCUUUUUUUGGUAAAAGGAGAUAAAAGGGAUAGAUUAAAAAUAUUCAGACUGAGCAAAGCAAAACAAAAAAAAAGGCAUUAGUAAUUAAAAUUGAUGACACCCAGAAACCAAAAAAAUAACAGGACUUAAUAAAAUUUUGUGGUGAAUUAUAAUGUAGUGGACUACAUAAGUAGUGCUGGCAAAAGUAGCUUCCAUAACUCGACCCUGUUUUUGAGGUAUUUUUCUGUGUGUUCAUUUAUAUUUAUGUCCCUUAAAGUUUUCAGUAGAAGAAAAUUGCUCAGAAUAGUGAACAGCUUUUUUGAAAAGCAGUCCAAGAUUUAAGGAAUAUCUGUUUUAAAAUAUUUUUGUUUUUACUAAUCUAAGCUACAUAAUUUUAAAAUUAAGAACAAGAUCCUGCUUGCCUUGUUACAGGUUCUUUUUUGAUCCAGUGGAUAAUUGGGAUCUUUGAUUUUGGAAGAGUGUGUUUAGUGGCAUACUGUAACCAAGAGCUUUAGUAGCAUGCUGUCUGUAAUGAUUAUGAAAUUUCAGUGUGGCAUUGAGCACCUACAGAUACUUCAAGGACUGAGUCUUAAGUGCUGGCUAGCUAUGACCUUCUAUUAGAGGUCUUAAAAAUUGGGGGAAAAGAUGAUUUCACCAUGCAUUUUGAUUGUGAUGUUUCAGUGUACAUUCUGUUAAAUUGAUCCUCUUGUUACAUAAUGCUAUGUGUUAUUUCAUAUCCUUGGAACUGCAGUAAUAUAGUGUAUGUCUCCCAUAUCCUUGAAGUCCCAGGAGAAAAUAUCUUCCCCCCUGAAAAACAUCAUCCAGCAGUUUAUCUCUUGUCACAAUCAAAAGGAAGUGCUGGACUUACUUUAGAUAAGCAGUUCGGAUAACAAUAUAUAGCCUCCCUUGUGAAACAGUCAUAAGGAAACCAGCUGACAUAAGAAAAUGAAGACAUCCAAGAGUAAUGUUUAAGCAAACUCGCAGUAGAGUAGGUGGAACAGUUGGUCACAACCUUUUAGAGCAGAUGGAAACACCAGCAAAGUACAGAAUGGAAGGACAGAGAGACUCACUUCUUGCUUCUGCCGUUAACCAUUGUGAUGAGAUGGAUAGAAGGUAAUGGAUUAUAUGUGUGUCCAAGCUUACACUAUACCAAAAGUCAAAAUAACGUACUUAAACUGCAGCAGUUUUUACUUCUAGCCAAAGUAUCAGGGAAAUAUAUGGUAUAUUAAAAAGCAAAGUUCACCACUGGCAAAAAAAGAUUUAAAACUCUAUUGUUCAAAAUGGAAGUGCCUGCUUGUGGACUGCAUUAAGCAUUGUGGAACCAUUCUGGUUUGGCCCCAAACUGGUUUUGGUUUGUGUGUUUCUUUUAAGUUGUUUAGGUAGGAGUUUGUUGCCUAAGUAUGCUUACUGAUUUCCAUGAUUCUGGCAAUAAUGGUUUCAAAGAAAAUAGUCCUCACCCCGUUCAAAAAUUAAAACUAAAGUUUGGAAUAAAAAAAAAAACAAACCAACACCUCCACAAGAAGGUAGCAGGACAAACAGGAAGUGGAGGAAGUGUUAGAAGCUGCAGUUUAAUUUUAACACUUGAGGAUAGAAGAAGGUUGAGAUCAAGUUAACACUGAUAAAUGAAUGUAAAGUUUGCGUCAUUUAGGGUUUUAUUUUGCAAAAAAGCUAAUUGUUUCAUGUUUUUUCAUAAAUAUUUUUGAAAGGAAUUUGUAUCAUCAUGGAGCCUUUCAAAAGGAAACAACAUCUUAGCAAAUUCUUGCUCAAGUGUCAGUACUAUGUAUGAUCUGCCUUUAUAAGAAGUUGUCUCGGCCCCUGACAACAUUAUUAUUGGUAUCGGUUAUUCCUCUACUUCAGUCAGUCUUUGAUAAUUUUUUUUUUAAUAUAAAUUCAUUUGAUUUUUUUUUUUAGCAAGGGUGAAAACUCAGGGUUCAUAUUUACUGCAGCAGAUGUUGCAAUUUUUCUUGACUAUGUGCUGUGACUAAUCUGAAACUUCAUAGCUAUGUUUCACAUUUUUAAGGUUUGCCAGUACUUCAUAUUUGUACACUAGUUUAUUGCUGAAAAAAGUGAAUGAAUGACAGAAAGAUAUGAAGAAAUGGGCAUUCAGCCAGUCCCAGUAUAUAAAUAACUUUCUGAAGACACAGGGAGAUUUACAUGCAUUUCUGGCCUCUGUGAUAGGAAACAGACUAAGAAACAUUUGCCAGAGUACAUUUACCUUUUUUAUUUCAUUUACUUCACAUACAGGACUGAUCACCAACCUUUUGUAAAUAGUCAGUGAAAAAUACAAGGUCCAUCUGUGAGUAGAGAAUGGAGGCAACAUGUAUACUGGUGGAAGAGUAGCUGAAAGAUUGUGUGUGCAGAAAAAAACAGAAAGGAAAUAAUACCAUUCAUUUUUACAGAACUUGAGUUUUACUGACAUGUGGUAAAUUCAGUGCAAAUCAAUUAGAACCUGUUGUAUUUCUAGGAUUGAACAUUAAAUCCAUAACUGGGGGAUAUUUUUAUUUAAAAAAUGGUAUGGAAGGGACAUUCCAGUCAUGUAGUGUUACUUGUGGGUUGAGCAGGAAUAAACCACUAGCAGUACUGGUUAGUGCAUUUUGUAUUUAACACACAUUAGAAUGAGAAAACCAGCACUAGAUUAUAUAUGAGCAUUAGCUGUAUUAGUAGUAAGAUGGAUGUAUCCUACAGUGCAGCAUAAUCAGAUAUUUGUUUAACAUCUGAUGUCCAUUGUCCACUGGGGUGUAACCCUCCCUGUUGUUUUCACUGUUAAAACCCCUUCCAAAUUCCCCUUCUUCUAAACUAGUGGCUUUCAUCCUUUGAAGCAGUUUCUGCAGUGGUGAUCAAGACAAUGUUCCAGUUGACUCUUAGGUAAGAUCUGGAGGCUUCCACAACAUCCCUGGAUUCUGUCAUUUUCUUGCUUCCCCUGUGUAUUGCAGUCUGAUACCCCAACACCCCAUACAGCUUACAUGUAUUCCCCAGCUCAUGGUAGCUGCUGUUCCUUCUUCUCUGAUGGGCAGUGCGAGAAAGGAUGCUCUAAGGAUGACAGUACCAUGGUCUGCUGAGGGAGUUCCUUGAAUGUGGUCCUCUGAAUCUGUCACAGCUGUCAUUGUUGGAAGAUUUUGUUCACUUCUUUUAUCAUUUUCAUUCCUACCUGCUUUUUUUUUUUGGAGGGGGGGUGGGUGGUGAUGUAUCCACAACCUUGGUGUAUUCACAGGACAACUGAAUCCUCACCCUGUAUCAUUCCAGUAAUGUGUCCCUCAAUAAUCAUUCCUCACUCCUAUGUUCCCAGCAUAGUUCCUGUUCCCAGCAAGCCUACUGGCCACCAAUGGUAGCCUGGUGCAGACCUGGUAACAUAGGCCUUUCCUCACACCAUUUUGAGACCCACUGUCAUCCAGGAGCCUGAGAAGUGAGGGGGGUGGUGUAGGGUCCACAAAGCAGGGGAAAGGGAAGCAGUAGCCAUUCUAAGGGAAGGACGUUAGGACCAAUAUUAGAACCCAGAAUGGUUUUGUAUGUUUAUAAAUACAGUUUAGAAGGGCAAUGAAGCUCCUGACCAAAUUAAAUCAGCAGGUUUUAAUUCUUGGGAAAACUGUUCCUCACACCUUAUAGAAACAUUACAGAAGGACAACUGAAGAAAUUGCCAUGAGAACUCAAAUGAAAGAUUAUACAUUAAAUUUGCAUUAAGUUUGCAUGCUAUGCUAUAGGUAUCUGUUGAAAGGGCAUACUUUCAAUUUAACUCCAGAGAAUAACCCAAACACUGAAUUGAGAACAAUAUUUUUAUUUCAUGUCUUUUUGAAGGAUUAACUAUUGCUUUUCAUACAUAUGCAAAGACCUGUAGGAGUAGAAAUGCAAAGCACAGCAUCCACGCCAUUAACAUGCUAAUUCGUUUAGAGGGAAUUGAAAAAGUAGUUUUAACUAUUACGGUAUUUGCAUCUUCAUGCUACUCUGUUACAGAACCUGUUAAGCAAGCAAUGGCCCUGGCAUAGUUAACAACCCUGGAGGGAGCACCAACCUCGCAGAUCAUGGGAUAUCCCACCAGGGCCAGCAUAAAGGAGCAUAGAUCAAGAGUGGGAUGACAGGUGCUGCAAUCUUCUUUCUACUCGUGAAACACAGCAUUUGAUAAGUGAUCAAAAGUUAGCUGGGCAGAUUUAAACAUUAAACAGAAGCUGGAUGGAGGCAUCUGAAUGCCAUGUUUUGUGUGUGCGCUCCUUUGGGAGAAUGUCUGUUGUACUGGGCAGCUUGGGAGUGCUGUGCUGCACAACGAGGUGUUUGGCUUUGUGGCUAAAUGCAGUCAUGCUGGUUUGCUGAAGCAGCUCAGAGCUGGAGCAUGUGCCUUGAUUGCUGUAGCUCCUGCUACAUUCCCAUGGGUUGCUUAAUGUGCCUGCCUACGUGGCCUGUAACUGUGCUUUGUCUUUGUGGUAGUCCGAGAGUUGGUAUGGUUCCUACUCUGCUGUACUUUAACAAAAAUUAUCACAAAAGAAAGCAUUGUUUGCUUUGAAUUCUCUUCAAUUCCACACAACUCAACUCAAAAUUAGUACCUUUAAUUAUUUGGGAGAAUGGAUAAUGUGAUUAGAAAGCUGAGGAAAACUUUAUGAUUUGAGAAUUAAAUGUCACAAAGAACCAUACGUAUGUAGUUGAUCUUUUAAACUUCAGCUAUUCUGUGACUUCAAGUAGUUUCAUUGUGUUUUCAGUCUUUAUGCUUGUGUGCUCUUUCAUCAUCAUUGCUCAUGUCCCAGAAAACUGAGUCCAACAUAUUUUGAGAGAAAUGAUAGAAAAAAAACGGGUUAGCAAACCUGAAGAAUUCUCAUGCAUGCCUUUGGAACUAACAAGUGCCUUUUCAAUAAAGUAAUUGCAAGAUGUAAAGUAAAAAAAAGAGCUUCUAUGUUUCCCAUCAUGAGCCUCAAGAGAAAUGAACUCAGUAGAAAAAUGUCAUAUUCCAGUAGCAUGUCAAAUAUAUCUCAAAGGGUACAGGAACACAAAAGAAUCUGUAAUAAUAUCUCUGUCUUGACCCAAAGAACUAACCUUAAUACUUGUUACAAGGUAAGUGGAAUUCUGACAGUGUCAAAUAGUUUCAAAAACUGCUAGAAAAGAUAUUGAUGCAUAAAUUGCAUAUUCUAAUUUAAGACGCAGCGGAGGAAAAAAAAUGUUAAGUGGGACAGAAACUGAUACUGUGUUGCAAUUUCUGGAUAAUUGCCUUUUCAUGAAAACCUGACAAAUUCAUUGCAUCGCUUACCCGGAAAUAAAAGAAUGUGAGCAGCAGUAAAAGCCAACAUACAAGAAACCACACUACAUCCAGAUAAAUUUCAAGAGCUUCAGAGCUUCCCAAUCUUCAAAGGCUUUCUGGUAUAAAAAUUUCCAGAAGAAGAACAUGUGUGGAAUAGUAAGGCUCAGCGAAAACCAACUAAACGAAAAAGAAGGUGAGUUGUUAUUACAACAAUUCAAUAGCAUGAUGCUAAAAACUUUGGCAUGAGUUUACUAUGAAACAUGGUACAGGAAAAUUUAUUCUAACUGUUAUAUAAGAACACAGUGUAUCACUAAGUUGUUCUUCGCAAAAUUAGUUUUAAAAGAAUGAGGGAUAUGAUCAUUGUGUAACAGUUAACAGAUGUGUUGCAAAAGUACAUACGCUGCCUUCUUUCAUAUUUUGGUCUGUUACUAAGGUAAAACAUUCAGUACCUCUUUUUAAAGUUCUUUGCUUCAUAGUUUGCAAGAAAUGGAGGAAUAUUCUAAAAGAACUGCAUUGAUGACAAAACAUUUUUAUUCACUGUUAUACAAAUUAAAUCCACAGUCGAUUUCCAAAAGGAAUUUAUAAAAUAAUGAGGACUACUGCUUCCAUAUUCUUUAGGUUAAAAAAAACCCCACAAAUAUAAGUAUAUCAAACCAAGUUACUUUUAAUGCAUUCUAUAUGUGAAAAACUUUAUUCUAGAACAUUAAAAUGAACUAAAAAAAUAUUAAGGCACAUAUAUUCAAAGUCAUUCAAAAGAUUGUUUUCCUUCCUCACAGGUGACGGACAGGAAUCUUAAAGAAAGAAAUGCUGUGAUCAGGAUGCAGCUUUCUGAAGUGCUCAGAAAUAGAGAGAUACUUUUGGAACCCAUGCAGGGCUGAAGACCUAGACUGAGGUUCCCGGAUUCUAAUAUAACUCUGCCAUAGCAAAGUGCUGGCUAAAUAAUUCCUAAGUAAUCACACACAGUGUCCUGGCCAAUACUGAAAGCUGUUGCUACUGCAGCUUCUGCUUCCUCUACCAGCAGUGGCCACAUAGUGAGCAAGAGGCAUAUAACAACCACUGAUCUGGAUGAUUUUACUUCAACUAAAGACUGAGGUAAUGUGUUCUUACUUUUCUUAAAUAAAAACGGGAGGGCCCUAAGUGGCAUGAAGAAUCUAUAGGUAAAUGGGAACAAUAUAAGGUAGGUGGUGGAAAGAGAAUAUAAGCAGUGUUAGUUGGGUAAAAAUAGAACAGGAGACCAUAACCUAGACGUAAAAAUAUUUAUUCUGUUGCAUUUGCUACUCUGUUUACCCAUUGUCAUAAUAAAGGCAGCAAGACUAAAAUACUAAGGAGAAACACCACUAUUGAAGCAAAUAAUGGAGGACAACUGAUAUCUUUGAGAGAAACAUUCAAAACCCAGAAAUACCAAUGUGUUAAAGAAUCUAAAGGAAUAACAAAAGAUUUUUGAUGCAUUUCUGAUCUUCUUUGCUUAAUAUUAAGACCUAAUGAAAAUAGAGAAGGGCAUGAAGCAGCUAGCAGUGACCAUUUUAAACACUGCUUGUUUAAUCAUACAAACUGUUGAAUUACACAACUUCUACUGAAAUAAAUAGGAACUGUUGCUGUUGAGCUCUGUUACAAAUUGGACCACCUGAGAAACUGCUGAAAAGGUGAUCUAUAACAAGUAAUUUUUAAGCAGCUGUAAAUUUGGAUAAUGCUUAUGUUUAAGUGUGUGGCUUAGUAUUAUGCACGUUUUAUCUGUUCAGGUCUACCUUUUUUAUUUUUUUAUUUUUUUUUUAAUUCAAGUAUACAUUUAACAUAGGUAAUCUGAAACAAUGCAUUUGAACAAAGGGAAUUUUUACUAAGCAGGUUCCUAGAAAGAUAAACAACUUAAUCACAAUGGGGUUGGAUCAAGGGUUGGACUUGAUGAUCUUGGAGGUCUCUUCCAACCCAGUUAAUUCUAUGAUUCUAUGAUUUAGCUAGAAAAGAGUACUCACAAAACCAUAUUAUUAUAUAAACUUCCUCUUCUAAACUGCUUUGUGAUUGUCAGAAGCAUGUUCCCUAUGUUCCCUGUUCUGUGGGCUAUAAAACAGUAAUUCAAAUUUUAAGGUAUCUAGUACCAAAUCAAACCCAUCAUGAUCUAAUGAUUCAAAGCACUAAACCAGUAUAAACUCAAGCUGCCAGUACAAAUUUGCUCAAAGGGUUUGUUCAUUAAUUUUUUGGAUGGGUAACUUCAAACUGUCUGACUGUCUCUGGUUCUGCUAUUCUGAGCCUCACUGGACCCUUCAUAGUUAGCCCAGAAUUUUAUUUUCAGGAGUUCCUUCUUAUUGUCUUUCCUACUUUCUGUGCUCAGGUUUCUUGUUUGCUGAUGUCCUCAUGUGUGUUUCCCUAGCCCUCUUUCAGUUGGGUGUUAACACAUCGUUCACGCAACUCUUUCUGUUGUUCUUUGCCUCAGUUAUUCACUUAUCCAAUUUUUCCAAAACUUGUAGCCUCCUUCUCUUUUUGCCUUUGACCUCAGCAUAAGCUGCACUGGCCACACCUUAACAACAUACUCUGCCUCAAUGGAGGUUGAGCCAUCUGCCUCUAUUGGGUCUUCCCUGAGACUUUCCUCUUCUUGGAUUGCCACGAGAACCACACAACUCCAUUCUGAGAAAGAAAAUGCAAGUGCUCAACCUGACCUAGUCAUCAUCAAUUCCAGUCAAAACUGGUGGUACAAUGAAGCUGUGCAGAAAAGCUUAUCCUUCCUAUUUCCUCCCUGUAACUACUAAUCAUAAAUCAAACCAGUUUAUCAGAGAUGAUUGAAUUUUAGCUCAUUAGCUCAUAAGAGCAAAGUACCAUCUCUUUAGACACUUCCCAGAAUAGUGGGCUUCUCUGUUGUCUACAUCAGUCAUCGCUUUUCCCCACAGAUUCAACGUAUCCAUGCAUGCUUUGUAUAGCAACGACUCCUUCACCUUCCUGCCUCCCAGGAAGGAGUAGACAUAAACUGCUAUUAGGAAGCAGCCUUGAUACUCACUCUGGAUCCAUCAUGGAUUUCUGUCUGGAAGGCUGUAGAAAUACAUUGAUAAUGGGGACCUUCAAUGAGCAAGGAGAGUGUUGCUGGGUAAAAAUUAAUCACCAUUCACAUUUUCUUGCCCAAAGAGUCUUGGAUGAACUGCUAGAGACAAAACUCCAUGUCUUAGCCAAAAAUAUAUUGCCCUUUGAAAAGAGAGAGCUCCUUUUCAGGAGUUUUCAGGGCUGGCAUAGAGGGACAGAAAGGGUUAUGUGGCUAACACACAGAAAAGCUACUCAAGUGAGGCAAGCCUAGCAUGCUUUGCUGUGUUCAGCACCCUGAGCUCAAGGAAGUGUCUUUGUAAAUGGCAUGCCACAUGCAAACCAUUGGAUGGUUUGCAUUCUUCACACUAAUUACCAAUACCUUAAUGCAGUUGGUGAUUCCCAGCCUUCAGAUGAUCACAGCAAUCUGCCUCUCAGCUCAGAUAGCUGCUGAUGGCCACUGCCAUGUCAUGUAUGUUCAGCACAGAUCUCAAAACACAUCUCUUUCUCUAUUAUGUGUUUCUUUCUGUUGUCUUUGCCCCACCUCAGCACUUGCAGCUUUUCCCACUGCCACAAACUCUUUUAAAAACCUCAGAUGUUAAUAAUGGAUAUUAAUUUUAUUCACAUUGAGAAUUCCUCCCAGCAGGGCCAGCUCAACCUCCUUUGCUUCAUCUCCACAUGCAACUUCUCUUGCCCUAUGUGGUCACUGCACAAGGAAGCUUUCUCCUGGAAAAGGAACUUCAAUACAAAUGAGUUUAAUUACUAUGACCAGUCCCUGGCUUAGUAGCAACUCUGUUUAUGCUGCUCAGAGAAUGUGUGUCACAGUUUAAGACUGAGCUGACAAUGAGGACACUGCGUGGACUUGGAUACUAAAGCACUUCUAGUCACAGUUAAAUAUUUAAUGUUAACAAGUGACACCACUUCCACAUUCUGUGUGAGAGACAGUGCAGUUCAGGACAGAAGCCAAGCAAGUCAGCAUGAUGGUCUCUAACACAGCCCGUCUCUCUUGCAGGGGGGAGAUGGUGUGGUCCUGGGGAAAGUCUGGUCAGUGCAGCGGUCCCAGCCACACAGUGGGCAGUCCAGGUGCUGGGCCGUGGGGUCCCUGGGCCCCAGGUCCCUGGGGCUUCUGCUGGACCUCUUCCCUAGCAACAACCUGUCAGUAGUACACUCACAGCCUGCCCUGCUUGAAAGUCUUCCACACCUCUGGCAAUAGAACAGCAAUUAACAGGUUAGUUAUGGGGGAGUAAUUGGAGAGUAAGCAGGGUUUAACUCCUUUAAUCUUUCUGCCAAAUUGUCACUAAGUGGCAUGUUGUUCUUGGAGGACAAAGAUGGAAAUGACCUGGUGUUUUCCAAGAGACUGGUUGUAGAUCAGUCUGGCCCCAGGAAAAGCUACUGACAGAGAACACUCCACGGAUAAAGUAAGUCCUGGGCAAGGUUCAAAAGAGAAUGUCAGGCAGGGCAUUGACAGUUUGUAUAGCCACAGAAAACCACUAGUGUGGGCUCUUGCUAACGCAACAAAGGUAUUUGAAAUACAGUUGUGUAAAUAUGCACGACCUAGCUAAAUUUAUAUUGUUAGAUGAUCCAGACAUGGGUAGACUUUUCUUAAAUACCUUGGAAUCAUGGCCUGAAGCUCAUUCACAAAGAAGGCGGUAAAAGUAUGUUGAUCACUGUCAUAUUGUACUACCGCACUCCUACUCAAUAAUUUGAUCAGUUAUUUCACAAUUAUGUUAAUGAAUUAUGAUGAAUUUUAAAAUGCAGUAGAAUAUGGAAAUACCUCUAUUGCAAAUGUAAAUAUUUGGUAUUAAAAUAUGCAGUGUUUGUUUAUAUCUUAUUACAACUACAUACAAUGUGGAAUGUAUAAUGUAAUGGGCAUCAGCUUAGUUCCAUAAAUAUUUUAGAACAAAAUUACACUUUUUCCUGUGUAGUUUGCAGAAAACUAAGAGCUGUGAUUGGUCAUUUAGGUAAGUGGUUGUAUCCAAGUGCACCCUCAGAGUAGAUGAAUGUACACAGAAAUACUUAAAGAUCCUUCGUACAGCUGUCUCACUGCUAAAAAGAUUGAACCCAAAGUAAUGUUACAAAAAAUAUUUUGCUUACUAAAACCAGUAGUGAAACUGGUUUAAGUAGAUGAUUGUUUUGGAAAUCUGUAGGGUACUUCUAUUUAUGUUACGGUCUCUAACUAUGAGGACAAGUAAAGCUCCAAUGAAUUGAA